GAAGAAUAUAAAGCAUCACAACAAUACCCAAAUUUGCUGUAGUGUAGUUCGUCUUCACCUAAAAGUUGAGAUCAGCGGUCAAGAGGUGAACCUCAAAUUGAAGUCAUAAUCUCUCUCUCUCUCUCUAUCUCUCUGUCUACUUUUAUUUUGUUUGUUUUUCUGAUUCUCCCCAAAAAUUUGUGCCUUUUCUCGUUUGAACGCAUGUCCAAAAAGCGACAGCUGUGGAGUCCGAUGAUCAUCGUACCCUUUUUCUCUCCACAAAUGCGAUGCGCGUGCCUUCUCUCCCAUCCUCAUUUCAUUCCUGCUCCUCUUUUACCUUUCACCCUCCCAAAACGCUGCCGUUUUGUCGAUCCAAUUGAAGGAAUCUUCCGGCGCCGCCGAUCGAUCUGAAGAACACUUCUGGUCGGUUUCUAAAUCUUAUUUUAACUUUAGAACAUGAAACUCAAAUUAAGAAAGCGAUGGCAAUCCGUCGUACCUCUUCAUAUGCAAGGCAAAUUGUCGCCAAGGUUUUGUUUGUUCCAUAAAGUUCGGACCGCAAGCUUUGGCCCUGAUGAAACUCCCGUUUAUCUCAAUGUGUAUGACUUGACUUCGAUCAACGGCUUAUUUUUUUGGGCCGGUGUUGGUAUCUUUCACUCUGGGGUCGAAGUGUACGGUACCGAAUACGCUUUCGGAGCUCACGAGUAUCCCACAACCGGCGUCUUUGAAGUGGAACCACGGCAAUGCCCCGGCUUCAAAUUCCGAAAAUCAAUCCUCAUAGGCACGACGAGGCUAAACCACGACCAAGUCCGUGAAUCCAUCGAACAUCACGCGAAAAGAUAUUGGGGCGAUGCGUACAACUUGAUUGCCAAGAAUUGCAACCAUUUCUCCUGCGACAUUUGCCACCAAUUGACCGGAAAUCACAUACCUAAGUGGAUCAACCGUCUCGCCCGAAUAGGUUCGUUCUGCGGCUGCAUAUUGCCAAAGUCUAUCAAGAAAACUACGGUAGGACCGAAUUGUGGACAUCCCGGGAAUGAGAAGAUCUGUGUCGUGAAGAAGUCGUUGAGAGUGUUUUCUUCGAUAUUUCGGAAGGAAAAGGAAGGUUCUAUAUCAUCAUGGUUCCUACAUUCUCAUUACAAGGGGUGUUUGAUGACUCCAUGGGAGCUUAAGAAGUCUUCCAGUAAAUCUUCACAACAAGAAUAGUUUUUCUUUUUUUUAAUUUUUGUGGGAUUGGGCAAUAUUUUGGGUGUGAGAUUUCAAUUCUUAUGCUGAUCCAUGGAUUCUUUUCUUUUCUUUUUUUUUUUUUUUGUGAAAAAAGAAAAUGUGGAUUUUUUGUGAAUUAGAUACCUUGUGGCUUGGUGAGUGUAAGAUCAUCUUGAAGGAGAAAA